CUACUCCAUUUCUCUCUGCCGGAGUGAACGCACCCUGAGCGGGAGUCCUGUGAGGCUGCGCAGCUUCGACAUAAUAAUAUAUUCCUGUUUGUUUCUAUUUGUUUUCGUACAAAAAUAACGAGCAGUUUUUUUUCUUGUUGUUGUUGAGAUGGUAGAUUACCACGCUGCCAAUAAUCCAGCUCAAUAUUCCGCACAGCAAAGCUACAUGGAGCAAGAAAACGACUGGGACCGCGACUUGCUGCUCGACCCGGCCUGGGAAAAGCAGCAGAGGAAGACAUUCACGGCAUGGUGUAACUCUCACCUGCGUAAAGCUGGAACUCAGAUUGAGAACAUUGAGGAGGACUUCAGAGAUGGCCUGAAGCUCAUGCUGCUGCUUGAGGUCAUCUCAGGAGAGCGAUUACCCAAACCUGAGCGAGGGAAGAUGAGAGUGCACAAGAUCAACAACGUCAACAAAGCACUUGACUUCAUUGCCAGCAAAGGAGUCAAACUAGUAUCUAUUGGAGCUGAGGAAAUUGUUGAUGGUAAUGUGAAGAUGACCCUCGGUAUGAUCUGGACCAUCAUCCUCCGCUUUGCCAUUCAGGAUAUCUCAGUGGAGGAGACCUCAGCUAAAGAGGGGUUGUUGUUGUGGUGUCAGAGGAAAACGGCUCCGUACAAAAACGUCAAUGUACAGAACUUCCACAUCAGCUGGAAGGAUGGUUUGGCCUUUAAUGCUCUGAUUCACAGACACAGACCUGAGCUUAUCAACUACGACAAACUCCGCAAGGAUGAUCCUGUUACCAAUCUGAACAAUGCCUUUGAAGUGGCUGAGAAAUACCUGGACAUUCCCAAGAUGCUGGAUGCAGAGGACAUAGUGAACACAGCUCGUCCUGAUGAGAAAGCUAUAAUGACUUAUGUGUCCAGUUUCUACCAUGCAUUUUCUGGAGCACAGAAGGCCGAGACAGCAGCUAAUCGCAUCUGUAAGGUUCUCGCGGUCAAUCAGGAGAACGAACAACUGAUGGAGGACUACGAGAAACUCGCCAGUGAUUUGUUGGAGUGGAUCAGGAGAACAAUCCCAUGGCUGGAGAACAGAGCUCCAGAAAAGACAAUGGUUGAGAUGCAGCAGAAGCUGGAGGACUUCAGAGAUUAUCGUAGAGUUCAUAAACCUCCUAAAGUCCAGGAGAAAUGUCAGCUAGAGAUCAACUUUAACACGCUGCAGACCAAACUGCGGCUCAGUAACCGGCCGGCGUUCAUGCCCUCUGAGGGGAAGAUGGUGUCUGACAUUAAUGGGGCGUGGCAUAAUCUGGAGGGGGCGGAGAAAGGCUAUGAGGAAUGGCUACUGAAUGAAAUUCGCCGACUGGAGAGACUCGAUCACCUUGCUGAGAAAUUCCGCCAGAAAGCAGCUAUACAUGAGAGCUGGACUGAUGGGAAGGAGAACAUGUUGAAUCAGAAGGACUAUGAGAGAGCAUCUCUGUCUGAGAUUAAAGCUCUGCUGAAGAAACAUGAGGCAUUUGAGAGUGACCUCGCUGCUCACCAGGACCGUGUGGAGCAGAUCGCUGCCAUCGCACAGGAACUCAAUGAGCUGGACUACUACGACUCUCCAAGUGUAAAUGCUCGAUGUCAGAAGAUCUGUGAGCAGUGGGACGUGCUGGGAGCUCUGACCCAGAACCGCAGAGAGUCACUCGAGAGGACAGAGAAACAGCUGGAGUCCAUUGAUGAGCUUUAUCUGGAGUACGCAAAGCGAGCAGCUCCAUUUAAUAACUGGAUGGAGGGAGCGAUGGAGGACCUGCAGGACAUGUUCAUAGUGCACAACAUUGAGGAGAUACAGGGUUUGAUCACAGCCCAUGAGCAAUUUAAGGCGACUCUCCCGGAGGCCAAUAAGGAGCGGGAGGCGAUUCAGGCUAUUCAGGCUGAGGUGCAGAAGAUUGCACAGUAUAACGGCAUCAAGCUCAGCGGCACCAACCCCUAUACCACUAUCACACCCAGCAGCAUCGACAGCAAGUGGGACAAGGUGCAGCAGUUGGUCCCUCAGCGUGAUGGAGCUCUGCAGGAGGAGCUCAGCCGUCAAAAGUCUAACGAUCAUCUGAGACGCCAGUUUGCCAACCAGGCUAACAUGGUGGGACCCUGGAUCCAGAACAAGAUGGAGGAGAUUGGACGGAUAUCGAUUGAGAUGAACGGCACUCUGGAGGAUCAGCUAACUCAUCUGCGUCAGUAUGAACAGAGCAUCAUCGAGUACAAGCCCAACAUCGAGCAGUUGGAGGGAAAUCAUCAGCUCAUCCAGGAGGCGCUCAUCUUUGACAACAAAUACACUGCUUACACCAUGGAGCACCUACGUGUAGGAUGGGAGCAGCUCCUCACCACAAUCGCUCGCACCAUUAAUGAAAUUGAGAACCAGAUUCUGACCCGUGACGCUAAAGGCAUCAGUCAGGAGCAGCUCCAUGAGUACAGAGCCUCCUUCAACCACUUUGACAAGGACCACAGCGGCACAUUGAUAGCCGAGGAGUUCAAGGCAUGUUUGAUCAGUCUCGGUUACGACGUGGAGAACAACAAACAGGGCGAUGCUGAGUUUGCCCGCAUUAUGGCCAUUGUGGACCCCAACAACACUGGGGCUGUGACCUUCCAGGCCUUCAUCGACUUCAUGUCCAGGGAAACGACAGACACGGACACAGCAGACCAGGUCAUUGCCUCCUUCAAGAUCCUCGCUGGAGACAAGAAUUACAUCACUGCAGAGGAGUUGAGGCGUGAGCUGCCCCCAGAUCAGGCUGAAUACUGUAUCUCCCGCAUGGCGCCCUACAGAGGGAGUGACGCUGUGCCCGGUGCCCUCGACUACAUGUCUUUCUCCACCGCUCUGUAUGGAGAGAGCGACCUCUAAAAGGGCCCUAGUUCUGGCUCACUCCUCCAUCUCCACCUUUCCACUUCUACAUCUCCAUUUCCUGUCCUCCAUCUCUUUUCCUUCAAAAAAGGGUGGAGUUUUAUGGGACUAAAAGCACAUCUGAGGGGUGGGGCCAGUGUCUGCAAUGUGUUCAUGUGUGUGUGCGUGUAUGUGUGACAGGAAGUGAUGGGUGGGUGGGUGGGGGGGAGUGUUCUUAGAAACAUCGCUCACUUCUUAGUGUUCAUUCAGAUAAAUGGAUACAAUUAUUUUCUUUAUAAUUUAGUAUUAAUUAGUUAUGAGAUUUCUCACCAGCAGGAGUGUGUGUAGUAAAUUGGGUCAGAAAUGAAUUAAAAAGAAUUUGAAAUAGAUUAUUAGUGUGAACGUUGGUGCUGUAGCGAAAUCUGGGUUUCAGCCUUGUUUCAAAUACACAACACACAGCGAGUGCAAGUUAUUCCCAUUAUUAUACCUGCUUAUGUUUUGUUUGUUGCUAUGGUUAAGGUGUGGGCGGGGCUUAGUGAGGGUUUGACCAAUAGACCAGUACAAGGAAAGAACAUGGUAUGGGUGGAGUGAGCUGGGAAAUAAAAUGGAUAAGAGUUAAGGUGGUGUGUGUGUGUGUGAGAGAGCGCACUCCACUCUGGUCUCUGUUAUUGUAUUGAUUUCCUUGCUGCAGUGUGAGUUGUGGGUUUUUCUGUGCUGUACAUAGUCAUUGUGUUAACACACACACACACACACACUCUCUGUAAUAAACCAUGAUGCAGCAGCUUUACAAAUUACAUUAUAACAUAAAAUAAACUUUGCGCUUGGCCAGGCAUGUGCCGAUCCAUGGUAAUCUUUCAUAUCAUGAUAUUUGUAAGUUUUUAUCAGUUUAUGUUGAUAUAGAAAGUUUGUAUUUAAAGAAAAAAAAAAAAGAUUAUAUUCUUUAAAAAAAAUCCUCAUUCACCAGGUUUUUCACACUCGUGUAGCGUACAGAACUCUGGGGUUGUUCAUGAUUCACUGAGGAACAUGUGCUAUAUAUGUGUCAAAAUAAGGGACCGACUCCUCUUAGCAUGCUCCCUACUUAGGCAGACUACUGACCCCUUAGUUAGAAAUAGGCUGCCUAGGUAGUGAGCAAGUGUUUUCAAAUGACCCUUGAGGAGAAUCUUUUAACUCUGGGGAUUAUAAACCACAGCUGAUGAUCGGCACAUGCCUAUGCUGUUAUACUGUACGUUGGGGCGGAGACACGUGUGGUGAAUUAAUGCUAAAGCACACGGCCUGUGCUCACUUCUCCUCUUGUCCACUCCUCCAGGACUGAAGCAUGGUCCUGAAGUCCUGCCAUCUUAUAUGAAGAUUGUGAAGUUGUGUUUGGGGUGGAGGGGUUGGGGGAAUGGAGUGGGCAGGGUCUUAAUGAACAUUCCAUUAUGUCUUAAUGAUCAAAUUAAAUUGCUGUCUAAUGAUCUAUGCAAAUUAUCAUUAUUAAUAUUUACAAUGAUGGGGUGACUAUAACUGUACUGGAGAAAUUGGUGAAUAAACACAAGUGACAGAGGAAA